GAAAUCUAUUUGUUUUAUACAAGUAUAUUAAUAAUAAUUUAUUUGAAGUGUCAAAUUAUAUUAACUAACCAUGGUUAAUAUUAACCUUAUUGUUUUUUCAGUAGUACUGUGUAUAGGACUCACACAUUGUGUAAAAGACUCAAAAGUGGUUUGUUUUUACGAGAGUUGGUUUGCCUAUCCUAGUCAUGGCCAUGGCGCAAUGAGUGUAAAAGAUAUCGCAUGCACACAUUUAGUUUAUGGCUACGUUGGUGUAGAUACCGGCGCUGAUAUUAAGAUUCUCGAUGACACCUUGUUCGACCAGUUACCUAAAGUGAAGGGCACCGACAAGUCACUGGUAGCCAUCGGUGGGUUUAGUCACGCCAUAGAAAUCGUGGCCGCACUCGACAACCCCUCCCUAUUUUCGAGGAACGUAAUGGCGUUCCUUAAGAAAUACAGUUUCGAUGGCAUUGUACUCGAGUUCACCAACGGCUGGUCCGUCGACUAUAUGGAUAAAUACAUCAAAUUGGUGUCUGUGCUCCGGGAGGACUUCAAAACUAGUGGAUUUGUGUUGGGCUCAGUGCUGGCCGCCCAGCUCCCUGGUUACGAAAUUAAAAAAGUGAUCCAACAAGUUGACUUUAUUUCCGUGAACACCUUUGACUACAAUGGCCCCUGGCAUGAAACUCCCCCGCAAACCCCAACUGGACAUAUUGCCUCGUUGAUUGAUAUUAAAGCAUCCAUGACAAUAUGGGCUGACCAAAUUGACAAAGAUCAAAUGAGCAAACUAUUGAUCUCACUCCCAUUUUUUGGCCACACCUGGAAACUCGCUGACCCUACUGACCACGAUGUCGGUGCCAAAGCCAGUGACAAAGGCCCUGGUCAACCAUUUACCAACACAACCGAAGGUGGUUUUACUAAAGUGGACGACAAGGAAGCCUGUUCAGUUUACUUUUAUAAAGAUGAUCUAUGGAUUACCAUUGAGAUCGAGGACACCGUUAAGGUUAAGGCCAAUUGGGCCACGACUGAGGGUUUCGGAGGGGUUACCGUUAGGGCCAUAAAUUACGACGACUUUAACGGUUACGUCACCAGUAAAAAACAUCCCCUCCUCACGGCUGUUAAUGAGGGUAUUAACAGAAACUAA